AACGACAAAUGCCAAUAGUAGUUCUAGAAGCCAGAGCAUUUCCAAACCUUCUAAUGACCGUAAGCCUUAGGCUCUCUAUGCAUGGAAUGUACAUACCCCUGAUCGCGAUUGCCUUCGACCGAUUCCUAACCUCGACCACCGCAACGCCGAACGCAAGUAAGGUCGAUGCGACACUUUGCACAGCGGGAACAUGCUCUAAGAUCAGUCAGUACUUCGAUCGAAUGCACAACUUUGUACUGACACAACCCCUGCGUCCGUCGGAAAUCGAAUCCUACAGCUGA